UGCGUGGGCGAGCGUCGCCGGAAACACCCGAGUGCGUGAGCGAGUGAGCGCCGCCGCGCCAAGAUGGCGGACAUGGACGGGGUGGUCAAACGCAUCAUCCACGGCCCCGGCCCCGGCGGGCGGCAGCGCUUCACCCCCGGCACCAAGGCCACGUUCCACUACAAGACCCUUCGCUGCGACCCCGAGCGGACGGUGAUCGACGACAGCCGGACAAAUGGCAAACCCAUGGAGUUGAUCAUCGGCAAGAAGUUCAAACUGCCUGUGUGGGAGACAGUGGUCAGCUCCAUGUGUGAGGGAGAGGUGGCCGAGUUCACCUGUGAUACACGGCAUGUGUUAGUCUACCCGAUGGUGUCCAAAAGUUUGAGGAACAUUGCCGUGGGCCGAGACCCUCUGGAGGGACAACGUCACUGUUGUGGGAUCGGCCAAUUACACGACCAUCACUCACUGGGUCACGAUGACCUGGACCAGCUGCACGCAAAUCCCCAGCCCCUCAUAUUCAUCAUCGACAUGCUGAAGGUAGAGGAGGCGGGGACGUAUGAGCAGGACCCGUGGGCGAUGACGGACGAUGAGAAGUUCGCGGCCUGUCCCCACAUCGACGAGGAGGGGAACCGUCUGUUCCACGAGGGGCGAGUGGUGGAGGCAGCGGUCAAAUAUCACGAUGCCAUCGCCUGCCUGAAGAACCUGUGCAGAGAGCGUCCCGGUGAUGAGCACUGGAUGUCCCUCGAUGCCAAGAUCACCCCCCUGCUCCUCAACUACUGCUGUGUGUGUAAGAUGCUGAGCGGAGAAUUCUACGAGGUGAUCGAGCAUUGUACGGCCAUUCUCAGCAAGUCCCUCUCUGAGGACAACGUCAAGGCGUACUACAAGCGAGGGAAGGCGCUGGGAGCCGUGUGGAACGAGGCGGAGGCGCGUAGGGAUUUGUCGAGGGCCGCACUCCUCGACCCCUCGCUCGCCCCCCUGGUCACUCGCGAGCUGAAGGUGAUCGAGGCGAGGAUGAGGGAGAAGGAGCAGGAGGAGAAGGGGAGGUAUCGAGGGCUUUUCCAGUGAGGGCCCCUCAAUCCCUAUCCUACCCCCUCACUCACUCACCCCCUCAUCCCCCCCCCCACUCACCCACAGAGAGAGGAGGGGGAGGUAUCGAGGGCUGUUCCAGUGAGGGCCCCUCAACUCCCUCGAUCCCUAUCCUACCCACGCACUCACUCACCCAGAGAGAGAGGAGAGGGGGAGGUACAGGCGGCUGCUCCAGCGAGGGACCCCCCAACUCACUAUCCUACCCCUCUCACCCACUCGCCCCCUCAACCCCCCACUCACAGAGAGAGACGGAAACGGCGAGAUAUCGAGGGCUGCUCCACUGAGGGUCCCUCAACUCCCUAUCCUACGCCCCUGAUGUGUGUCUGACCCCAGUAGUAGGGGGCGGAGAGAGAGAGUGGGGGAGGGGGCAGAGGGAGAGCGGGAGGGGCAGAGGGACCAAUUCUUUGUGUGAAA